AUGGUCACCCAUGCGAUCUCGCCUGUUCCUAGCCUGGAUCUGCACCCCAGAGAUGGGACGAGCCAUGCCUUGAUCUCGGGUGCUCAGGCCCACUCUCUCGAGUCAGUCUUCACCAACAAAGCAAUCUUCUCCGACCCGUUCCUCGAACUGGCCCAGCUCACCUUCGCCGCCUUCCACUUCCUCAUCACCUACCUCACCCUCCUCGUCCUCUCCCGGCCAUCCAUCGCCCUCUUCAACCCGCGGCGCAUCCACCUCCUCGACAUCCUCCCGCUCUCCCUGGCCAUGUCCCUCAACAUGAUGCUGCCCAACCUAUCCCUGGCCUUCUCAGCCGUCACCCUGUACCAGAUCGCGCACACGCUCCUGAACCCGACCGUGGCCGCGCUGAACGCUCCUCCUCUACCACACAACCCUGCCGCGGGGUGCAAUGUCUGGCCCUCAUCCCGGCCUGCUAGUAGUACAGACGACGACGACGACCACACCCCUAGGGAUCAUCCUCGCCCUUUCUCCGGCACGCUCGCCUCGUCACUCUACACAAUUUUGGGUCGGCGCCCUCCUACCGCCGGCCUGCACGCCUCCAGACAUUAUCAGCAGCUGCUCUUCCGCCAGGCGCUCCCCUAUCCUUGUCCGCCGCCUCGUGGGGCGAGCUUGGUCGGGCAGCAGCCGUUGGGCGCUGGUGCUGCUGAGCUCCGGACGAAGGGUCAGGGGAUGGUUGGCGUGGGCGUUGCUGUUGGGGAAAUUGUUGCAUACUCGGUUAUAAUGCUGCAGGAAAACUAG